UCCCGGCCGCGGGCCUGGCGGGCUGAGCGCAGCAAGAUGGCGGCGGCGGCGGCGGCUGGCGCGGCCUCGGGGCUGCCGGGGCCGGUGGCCCAGGGCCUGAAGGAGGCGUUGGUGGACACGCUCACCGGGAUCCUGUCCCCAGUGCAGGAGGUGCGAGCGGCCGCCGAGGAGCAGAUUAAGGUGCUGGAGGUGACCGAGGAAUUUGGUGUUCACCUGGCAGAGCUGACCGUGGACCCCCAGGGGGCGUUGGCAAUUCGUCAGCUCGCAUCAGUCAUUUUGAAGCAGUAUGUGGAGACUCACUGGUGUGCCCAGUCAGAGAAGUUUCGGCCUCCUGAAACUACCGAAAGGGCGAAAAUCGUCAUCCGGGAGCUGCUGCCCAAUGGGCUGCGAGAGUCCAUCAGCAAGGUGCGCUCCAGCGUGGCCUACGCCGUGUCGGCCAUUGCCCACUGGGACUGGCCGGAGGCCUGGCCGCAGCUCUUCAACCUGCUCAUGGAGAUGCUGGUGAGCGGAGACGUCAACGCCGUGCAUGGAGCCAUGCGCGUGCUGACAGAAUUCACUCGAGAAGUAACAGACACACAGAUGCCACUCGUGGCUCCUGUCAUCCUCCCAGAGAUGUACAAGAUCUUCACCAUGGCCGAGGUGUAUGGCAUUCGGACCCGCUCCCGAGCUGUGGAGAUUUUUACCACUUGUGCCCAUAUGAUCUGUAACAUGGAGGAGCUGGAAAAGGGCGCAGCCAAGGUCCUGAUCUUCCCCGUGGUGCAGCAGUUCACAGAGGCCUUCGUUCAGGCCCUGCAGAUACCGGACGGCCCCACGGCGGACAGUGGGUUUAAGAUGGAAGUGCUGAAGGCAGUGACAGCCCUGGUGAAGAACUUCCCGAAGCACAUGGUGUCGUCCAUGCAGCAGAUCCUGCCGAUUGUCUGGAACACCCUGACCGAGAGUGCAGCUUUCUACGUGAGGACGGAAGUCAAUUACACAGAGGACGUAGAGGACCCCGUGGACUCGGAUGGUGAAGUGCUGGGCUUUGAAAAUCUCGUCUUUAGCAUUUUCGAAUUUGUCCAUGCUCUUCUGGAAAACAGCAAAUUCAAAAGCACUGUUAAGAAAGCCUUGCCUGAGCUGAUUUACUAUGUUAUCCUAUACAUGCAAAUCACUGAGGAACAGAUUAAAGUGUGGACAGCCAACCCGCAGCAGUUUGUAGAAGAUGAGGACGACGACACUUUCUCCUACACGGUCAGGAUUGCAGCUCAAGACCUGCUCCUGGCUGUGGCCACCGACUUCCAGAAUGAAAGCGCAGCAGCCCUGGCUGCCGCAGCCACUCGGCAUUUGCAGGAAGCUGAGCAAAGCAAGAACAGUGGCACUGAGCACUGGUGGAAGAUCCACGAGGCCUGCAUGCUUGCUCUGGGCUCAGUGAAGUCCAUUAUCACGGACAGUGUGAAAAACGGCCGGGUCCAUUUCGACAUGCAUGGGUUCCUGACCGGUGUCAUCCUCGCAGACCUCAACCUUUCAGCGUCUCCUUUCCUCUUGGGUCGGGCACUUUGGGCUGCCAGUCGGUUCACUGUUGCCAUGUCCCCUGAAUUGAUCCAGCAGUUUCUACAGGCAACAGUUAGUGGUCUUCACGAGACACAACCCCCAUCGGUUCGCAUUUCUGCUGUGAGAGCCAUCUGGGGUUACUGUGACCAGCUGAAAGCCUCGGAGAGCACCCAGGUCCUCCAGCCUUUCCUGCCCAGCGUCCUGGAUGGCCUGAUUCACCUGGCAGCGCAGUUCAGCUCCGAGGUCCUCAACCUGGUGAUGGAAGCUCUGUGCAUCGUCUGCACCGUGGACCCGGCGUUCACAGCCAGCGUGGAGAGCAAAAUCUGCCCCUUCACCAUCGCCAUUUUCCUGAAGUACAGCAACGACCCUGUCGUCGCCUCGCUGGCUCAGGAUAUCUUCAAGGAGUUGUCCCAGAUCGAGGCCUGCCAGGGCCCCAUGCAGAUGAGGCUGAUCCCGACGCUGGUCAGCAUCAUGCAGGCGCCAGCGGACAAGCUCCCGGCUGGGCUGUGCGCUACAGCCAUCGACAUCCUGACCACAGUGGUGCGGAGUUCGAAGCCCCCCCUUUCCCAGCUGCUCAUCUGCCAGGCUUUUCCUGCUGUGGCACAGUGCACCCUACACACAGACGACAACGCCACCAUGCAGAAUGGUGGCGAGUGCUUGCGGGCCUACGUGUCAGUGACGCUGGAGCAGGUGGCCCAGUGGCAUGACGAGCAAGGCCACAAUGGGCUGUGGUACGUGAUGCAGGUGGUGAGCCAGCUCCUGGACCCCCGCACGUCCGAAUUCACUGCGGCCUUCGUGGGCCGCCUCGUCUCCACCCUCAUUUCCAAGGCUGGGCGGGAGCUGGGCGAGAAUCUGGACCAGAUUCUGCGUGCGAUCCUCAGCAAGAUGCAGCAGGCUGAGACGCUCAGUGUCAUGCAGUCCCUGAUCAUGGUUUUCGCCCACCUGGUGCACACUCAGCUGGGGCCCCUGCUGGACUUCCUGUGCAGCCUCCCUGGGCCGACCGGCAAACCCGCCCUGGAGUUCGUGAUGGCCGAGUGGACCAGCCGCCAGCACCUCUUCUACGGGCAGUACGAGGGCAAAGUCAGCUCUGUGGCCCUGUGUAAGCUGCUUCAGCACGGCAUCAACGCAGACGACAAGCGGCUGCAGGACAUCCGCGUGAAGGGCGAGGAGAUCUACGGCGUGGACGAGGGCGUUCGCACCCGCUCCAAGUCAGCCAAGAACCCUGAGCGCUGGACAAACAUUCCUUUGCUGGUCAAAAUCCUAAAGCUGAUCAUCAAUGAGCUGUCCAACGUCAUGGAGGCCAACGCCGCCCGCCAGGCCACGCCUGCAGAGUGGAGCCCAGAUGACGCCAAUGACAUGUGGGAGGAGCAGGACGAGGAGCAGGACGAGGACGAGGAGGACGGCUUAGCCGGCCAGCUCUUAUCCGACAUUCUCGCUACGAGCAAAUACGAGGACGAUUACUAUGAGGACGACGAGGAGGAUGACCCUGACGCCCUGAAGGACCCUCUCUACCAGAUUGACCUGCAGGCGUACCUCACGGACUUCCUCUGCCAGUUCGCUCAGCAGCCCUGCUACGUGAUGUUCUCCGGCCACCUUAACGACAACGAGAGACGGGUUCUGCAGACCAUCGGGAUCUAGAGAGCGAGCCUCUCCGCGCUGGCCCGUCCACCUGGCCCAGCCAUCAACCAUUUUGCCGCCGUCGGGCUUGGAGAUGCACUUUCUUCUCCACCUAGAGUGGCCUCCUGACUCUCGGCCCUUGGCCUUUGCAGAGUGACAGUGACGACCAUUCAGAACCAGCUCGCAGUGCUGUCACAAAGAAUGCUGGGAAUGCUGGAACAAAGGACACCUCUCAGAGCCCCUCGGAAGACCCCCGAGCUCUAGAGCCCUCUCCUCUCCACGAGCGCCCCUACCUGUGUCCUUCAAGGCCUCUGCCGGCCCGUCCAGAAACAUUGCCCACGACAGUCGUGGCCCGGGCUUAUUGUGCCCCGCCGGGCACACAGGAAGUGACCGUCUGUUCCAGAGCAGCCGCUGGCUUUCCCAGGACGUCCGAUGUGCUCAGACAGGAGUGCUCUGCCCUCCUGCUCAGGCGUCUGCGUUCUCGGUAGGAAUGGCAGGAGCUGCCCCUGGCUGCGGCCUCGAGGCUUCCCUCCUGCCGACAACACUACGUCUCUCCCUGUCAGAAGACGUCAUCUGGUUCCUGCCUCUUUGCAUGACAGCCCCUCCCCAAGCUAGUCCUGUGUAUACAGACAUGCUCACACACAAAGGAAGCCAGACACAUGGCAAUUUGUUUUUCCUCUUUUAGGGAAAAAAGGGGGAAAACAGAUUUUUUUAAAAGUCCACCUGACCCAACUAUAUUUAAUAUGCCUCCUACACGUUUCCACAGACGGAUAGUCAAAGGUUACUCCCUUCCCCAGAGACCCUCUGAAGUGGUUAAGUUGUAGCCCUGAGAUUUGCAGCGUGUAUUUUUCUAGGAGAGUAAAGUAAUCUUUACAAAUGAA